AUGAAUUCCACGCAACUAGUCGUUGUUCUCUGUUCAGUGGCAGUUUUGAUCUCCUCCAGCAGGGCAGAUGAUGCCGGAAAAGGUAUAAUUUCAUUAAUUGAACCAGUGGAACCAUUUCUCAUGAUCUUGUUCACAGCUCCUUCGAAGCGAUGCGGGGAAAAUGAAGUCUAUCUGGAAUGUGGAAGUGAGUGUCCGCCCACGUGUGCCCCCUGGAGACGCCGCCGGACAACGAUUUGCUCGAGCACGUGCGUGGCUGGCUGUUUCUGCAAAGUACGAUAUGUUCGGGAAUUAUCCGAGGGAAACUGCAUCCGUCCGAGUGAGUGUCGAAGGAUCCUUCGAUCCAGGGGACCAGAAGAGUAGCUGUGGAGUUGUAUUUGCA